UGACGCCCUGCGCACGCACAUCGUGCGCACUUACAUUCCGUCUACUACACGUGAUAAUACAAUUGCGCCUAAUAUAUUAUUUAAACUAAAAUAAAAACCGCUAUUAACUUUCUUGGUUGAAAAAAUUUUAAUUAUCAAAAUAUUUAUAUUUCGAAUUUUAGGAAUUUCCAGCUUUUGGGUCACGGCUACUAAACUAAAUAGUGGGAAAAUAUAUAAUUAAAAAAUAUAUAUAUAAGAGGAAUUUCUUGCUUUAAAACUUCAGUGUCGUGUGUGAUAUCUCGUUUUGUUUUUUAUAUAAAAAAACAGUUUUUUAAUUGUGAAUGUGAUUUCAUUAGUAACUGUAAUAAAACGAAAAGGUCCAAUGUAUUUUGUGCAAUCAAGUUUGAGACCAAGACUGAUUUGAAAGGCGAUUGUGUCCUAGACUAGACCAUUAGGGCGCGAUUUGUACUUUAGUAAUCGGCAUAGUUCAGUUGUGGAUUGCAGUGAAUUCCCCGAACCGAAGAUGCUCUCUGAAUGGUUCAAGGAAAUAGCUUACAAGGCUGAAUUGGACCGACACGAAGAUCCUGAUUUGGAGGAGCAGGCCUUCUUACUAUGCGGCGAGAAGAAAGAAACCAGAGCUAAGAACUUACAGGAUUUGAAGAAUUUAAUAUACGAGCGAGGAGAAUGCAAGCCACCACGUAUGGACGACACAUUUCUGUUACGCUUCCUGCGAGCGAGACGAUCCAUACCUGCGCGUGCGCACCGGCUGUUAGUUCGUUACUGCAACUUCAGGGAACAGAAUCCACACCUGUGGCGUGACGUGGACUGGUUCAGUCUCACGCGUCUCGAGUCAGUGUUUGAGGGUGUUCUGUUCGACAGGCCGGAUGUUGGCAGACUCAUCAUAUGUAGACUUGGUCAAUGGGAUCCUGAUAAAAUUCCUGUGGACGAUUUGAUCCGCGGUUGCUUGUUACUCCUGGAGGUGGGCAUAAUGCAACCAAAGUUACAAGUACUGGGUGGCACGGCGCUACUAGACUGUGAAGGUCUCACCAUGAAACAUAUGAGACAAUUCUCACCUAGUAUAGCACUCCAGGGUAUGAACGUCAUGGGGUUCUCCUUCCCACUCCAUCAGCGGGAGGUUCACGUGAUAAACUGCUCAAGGAUCUUCGAGACGCUGUUUCAUGUAUUCAGGAGGCUUGCACCUACUGAUGACUUAUGGAAAAGGGUGCACUUUCAUGGAUACGAUUUGACCUCAUUACAUAGGUACGUAGACCCAGAGUGCUUACCCAAACGAUAUGGUGGAUACAGAGACCCCGUCACCCUUCGUCAGUGGCUCACGAAGAUUCGUCGCUACAAGAAUAAAGACUUCGAUAGUGAUAUGCGCAGCCUAGGAUACUACGCGGAUUAAAAUUAUAAUCUGUUUUAAGUUUUGCGUUUGUAUAUCAUUGUGUUCUGUAAUAAAACAAAUUAAGUUAUUUUCAAUGCAUACACAUAAAAUUUCCAGGAUGUGAACGUAUAUAUCACAAAAAAAAACACAUAUAACUCCAGAGUUAUCAAUUUUUGUUG